AUGGAGCAUCAUGCUAAAGGAGGUGGAAAUUACAGCCGAAGUGAAGAAGAAUUAAUGGAGCUCCGUCGAGGUCCGUGGACCUUGGAAGAAGACUUAGCCCUUAUCAACUAUAUUGCCCACCACGGUGAAGGCCGCUGGAACUCACUCGCCACCUCUGCGGGUCUAAAGAGAACUGGAAAGAGUUGCAGAUUGAGAUGGCUAAAUUAUUUACGCCCAGACGUUCGUCGUGGAAAUAUUACUCUUGAGGAACAACUUUUGAUUCUUGAACUCCAUUCUAGAUGGGGUAAUAGAUGGUCAAAAAUUGCUCAACAUUUGCCUGGUAGAACUGAUAAUGAGAUCAAGAAUUACUGGAGAACAAGAGUCCAAAAGCAUGCUAAACAGCUCAAAUGUGACGUGAACAGCAAGCAAUUUAAGGACAACAUGCGUUAUCUUUGGAUGCCACGAUUGAUUGAGAGAAUUCAGGCAGGUGCCGCCUCGACCGGGCAGACAGUCGGGACUUCCUCCACCACCACCAACUCUGGUACCAUCCCCGCCGCUAAUUACCAUCUCAAGAACUCUAAUCUUAACAUGGGCUCAAGCCAAAUGAUGUUGCCACAGCCUAACAUGGCUGGCUACUUUGGAGGUGGCGUCAAGAUUUACCCUAGCAACUACACGCCGGAAGGUUCCUCCGCCGCUGCCUCAUCAGACUCAUUUGGGACACAAGUUUCGCCGGUAUCAGACCUGACAGAUUGCUACAAUUAUCCAGUUAAUCACAACAAUAAUCAAGAUUAUUGUCCAACAAAUGAGCUACCCUUGCAAGAAUAUUUCAAUCAAGGGUUAGAAUUCAACAAUUGGAUGGACGGUGGGGAUUUCUUUAAUAUGGAUGACGUGUUGAAAUUCUUACAACAGUGA